AUGUCUACGCCUACGGCCUCUGCACAGCAAGCUGUUGAUGCAGCCACUGGCGACCAAGCUACAGCCGACACCAACGUACCCGUGAGCCGUGGCCGCAGUACCCUCUCGGAUCAAGUGCGCCCCAGCCAGCCGGCUGACGUGCCACUGGACCAGCCUGUAGUGCAGCAGUCCAGUGUGACCAUCAAACUCUCCCCUUUCUGGCCCAAAGACUCCCAGCUGUGGUUUGCUCAAGCUGAAGCAGUCUUCGCCACCCGCAAGAUAACACGGCAGCUGACAAAAUUUCAGUACGUGAUUGGUGCCCUGGAACCGGAGUAUGCUAUUGAAAUAAGGGACAUGAUUAUAUCUCCCCCUGACGAUCGUCCCUACGAGCAGCUGCGCGAUACGCUAGUCCGCCAAACUCAGCAGUCCCAGCAGCAACGACUUCGUCACCUCCUCACAGAAGAGGUCCUUGGUGACCGCAAACCCAGUCAGUUGCUUCGUCGCAUGCAGCAGCUCUUGGGCAGUGCAGACAUCGAUACCAGUCUGCUCCGGGAACUGUUUAUCCAGCGUUUGCCCGCCGGGGUGCAGAUGGUAUUGGCUUCCUCUGGCGAUUCCAUGUCUUUGGACAAGAUCGCCGACAUGGCCGACCGCAUCCUGGAGGUCUCCGCCCCACACGCCACUGCAACUGUUGCUGCUGCAACUGUGGCUGCUGCUCCGGUUGCCAGCGCACCCGCUGCCAACGUUCCGAGAUCUGAGCUGGACGAUCUGCGCUGCCAGAUCGCCAAUUUAACUGCAGCUGUACAACAGUUAUCUCGCUCUCGUCUGAGCAGUCGCCAUGGUAGCCGGACAUCGUCACGGGACUCCAGCCCUAGUCGUGACGGUCUGUGUUUCUACCAUCGCCGAUUUGGAGACCGCGCCCUCCACUGCCGGCCCGGCUGCCAAUACCAGUCGGGAAACGGGACUGCCAGGAACUAA